AUGUCAUAUGUCAUUAGUUUUGCUCAAGAACAUCUUCUUCCUCGUUGGGCCACUCCCGCCCGAGCACAUCCGGCCUCGCAGCCGCCGCUCCCUCCGCAACGCCCCACAGCAGCGCCCCACCACGCGGCCGACCCCGCGCCUCCAUCCCCCGCGCUCACCCUUGGCCCAGCCGCCGCCGGCCGCACGCCAAGCCGCUCCCGCUCGUCUCCUGGCCCGUCCGGCUCCAGGCCGCCUCAACACGCCCGCACGCGCCCCGCUUGGCCACCCCCGGCCCCCACGCCCAGAGCCGCCCACGACCGCGCCCCGCGCUCCGCCUCCACGCCAGGCAUCUGCCGCUCGCCUCCCGCUCCCAACGCGCGCCCGUGCUCGCUGCUCCUGCCCCGCACGCCAUCAUCCAAGCCGCCGCACGCCGUGCUGCUGCAGCUACACGGGCCAGCCUCGUACGCGCGCAAUCCCCGCCCGCGCCUGUGCUCCCCAUCAGGCCGCCGCCCUGCUCACCUGCGCACGCACGCGCUGCCAGCUCCAGUUCGAUCCCCAAGCUCCAACCCAACUCACGCAUCGAGCAGCCGCUCCGGUCAACCGGAUCUGGUGUUACUAGUGCUGAUCUAUCAAUCCCCCAAUUUUCGCGGUCUAAUUCUUCCUAUUUCUGCUCCAAUCGACGAAUUUCUUAAGCCAAUUUCCGCCCAGUUCAUCGUGUUCAUCAAAUUCGUGCUCACCGGCACUGCCGGCAAAAACAGAGCGGCACUGCCGCUGCGCCUCCACCACCACGCGCUCGCUCCACCAGGCAGCUUCCGCUCGCCGCACGCGCCCGCAUCAUCGCGCCAAACGCCGCCCGCCAACUCCCUGCCGGCCUCACGCGCCAAGCUCCGCCCGCCCGCUUGCUUGCAGCUUCCGCGAGCGCUGCCGCCUGGCCACCACCAUCCGCUGCACGCGCGCAGCCUGGCCGAGCCCCGCACCAGGCCGCUCCUCCGCUGGACGCCGGCCCAAGCCCCGCGCGCGCUCAGCCGCCCUUGGCCCUCCACUCCCGCCGCCAGCGCCCGCCAUCCAACCCACUGCGCACCUACCCGCCCGCCCUGCGCUGCUACGCAGGCCGCCACCAGCACCAACCAUCGACGCCCCGCCGGCGCUCGCUUUUCCCUUGCCCGCUUCCGCCCCCUGCUCCACUUGGUCAACCCGCCGGCCUCCAAAUCGAUUCGCUCGCGCGCAGCAGCGUAA